AGAAAGUCAACUCCUUAUCUUCUUCUCUCCACUACCACUCGAGAAUAUUCACCCUUAUCAUUUCACUCGUUUCUCUCCUCCAUUAAACCCGAGCACCCUUUUCUUAUCCCUUUCAUUACACUAUCAUUUGAUUUCUCACUCAUUCUCACCACAAAAACGCUCUAAUCUCUCUCAAAUAUCUAGCACUCGAGUGAUUCAUCGGUUUUGACUAUGAAUAUCCACAGAAUUGCUACAAAAGCCAGGAGAAAGGCUUUGUUUCCAGAACCAAAACUACAACGCAUUCCCUCCUCAACCAUAGCCCGAAAACUCUCUCAGUCCAGUAAUAUGCUUGAUGCAAGAAGAAGAAAAGAGGGUUAUGAAGGUUUUGAGAUCAUCCCUAGUGAGUCAAGUGAGGAGACAGAGGAGAUAGAGGAACGAGAUGAGUAUGCGCUUGAGAUAAGCCAUUCAAGCCAAGAAACAGAGGAGAUUGAGCCUCUUGAGCAGUUCACUCGACCACCUAGGUCGAGUAGCCGGUUUGUGGUUACAGAAGAGGAAGCAAUGCUCGAGGAAGAAGCUGCAACAGAAACCCGAGCACCAGUAAGCGCAGUCAGGGCUAGUAGGCCAAAGAGAGGUAGUUCAAGUCAGUCUUCCAGAGACCGAGCAGAGAUUUCUCGCGGGAAGCGGCCUGUAAUGGAGCCGAUGCAGUUGGUUGAUGAAGAUAUCGAGUAUGAGCGUGAGAUAGCUCCAGCUGCAAGGGUUACUAGACCAGUGAAGAAGGGGAAGAAAGCGAAGGAUACUGAAUCAGUCCUUACCCGCCAUGAUUACCACGCUAUGUUCUCGCAGCAUGAGUUUCUAGGGACGAGAUAUCCUCACCGGGAGACAAUGGUAGAACUCGGGAUUUCUGAUGAUGUCGAGUAUCUCUUCCGCCAAUGUCACCUCCAUACACACAUGUUCAGACCUAUGGAGGGUUUCCGAGAAGAGACAAUUCAGUUUCUGUCGUCACUUGGUGUGGUCAUAUAUGAGGACCAGUCUGUGAUUGAGUCCAAGAAGAGUGUUGGUUAUUUGAUCUUCAAUGUCUACGAGAGGGAGUACACUCUCACCAUCGAGCAGUUAGAGGUGUUGUUCGGGUUUCCUAGUGGUCCAGGAACGAUUCCAUGGUUUGAGAGAGAGGAGUUGCUAUCAUUCUGGAAGACUAUUGGUGAUGAGAAGAAAGAGUUUUCAUCCUCCAGGAGCAAAGGUAGUGAGAUAAGAAGUCCAGUGCUCAGGUACUUUCACAAAGCAUUAGCUAGUGCCUUCUUUGCGAGGGAAACCACUGGAACUUUAGUGAAUGGCGAGCUGGAGAUCAUGGAUAUAGCACUGAGGGAUUUGAUGUAUAGCACAUGUGAUGGGAUAGUCAUGAGAGGAGAUCAGUCAGGAACAUCAAUCUCAUUCUAUCUGUUGGAGCAGCUGCUGAGUUACAGAGGAUGGGUUGAGCGGUUGAACAAGCUGGAGACAAAAGGAGUGAUGGCUAUGGGAGGUUUAGUAACUCCAAUCCUGGUAGCAUGCGAUGUCCCAAUGCGCUCCCCAGCUACUCCGCAUAGAUGGAUUGACAUCAAGAGUCUAAUCGCGUCAAAGACUUUGGCCUCCAAGAGGACGAAUGGGUUGUAUAGGUACAAGUUUACUCACCCUCAAGCUGGGAAAUCCAUCUUUCUACUCCCUUGCCCAUCUCUCACUUCUGUUGGCAACUUCGCGGAGUUCAUUCCACCUUUGGAAUCUUUGUAUACUUCUGAGAAUGAGGCUGUACCUAUGGAGGGUGUAGAAGGAGAAGAAGCAGUAGCAGGGUCAGAUGAGGCACAACCAAUGGAUGAAUCAGGUGCAUAUGCGCCAGAGAGGUUCCACUUUCAGGACUACUCCGCGCCUAAGCAGAACAAGAGCCAGCAGGUAGCUCACAAGCAUAUCAGUCUCCUUCAGAAAUGGAACAAGAUGCAAGACAAGGUUAUAUCAACGCUCGCCAAGCAGUUCCAUGGUCUACAGAGUAGGUUUAGUUGUUCUACAUCCAGCACCGCCAUUCCUAGAGACAUCUCACCUAGAGAAGCACCACUCCGGAGAAGUACUUCUACACGUCCAACUCCACUCCACAGAAGCGGUUCUAAACGCCCUACACCUGUGACUGACACUCCCUCUGCACCUGCAAGACACUCGGUCUAUGAAACACGGGAACACCAAGCGCAGCCUUCUCCACCAAGACAGUCUUCUUAUGAGUCGCGGGAAAGAAAGAAGAAGCGCAAAAUCAAGCAGCGGUCUGCUGUCACUCGAGGAGAGCACUCGAACAUACCACUCGAGCAGCAACCCGAGCAGACAUUCGAGCACCAUCCUGUGCAGCAGCCAGAGCACAUUCCUGAGCAACAACCCGAGCCCACUGUUCCGAGCUCAUCCCAGCCAGUACCUUGGAGCUACACAAGUGAGAGCAUGGAUGACUACGUCUCCGCUUUCUUCACUUAGACCAGGAUUGCUAGAUAACAAAACACUAUUCUGCUU